AUGGUAUCAUCUCUCCGUUAUGAACGUUAUGAUUUCCCGGAUCUCUCCGAUCCCACGGCUUUUUCAUUCAAUUAUUCAAUGGCUUCCCCAACAGUGCCCAUCAUUCAUCAUUCAACGCAGCCAUUCAAUCAACACCAUGCAAAAGAAAUGGACAUGACUACAGAUUACCUCAUUAAUAACAGGGGCAUCUCUUUCACCGAUCUUCUUACAACCGAUAACGAACAGCUCAUGGAGGCUUAUGCUUUUAGAAUGAUCCCUCAAACUCACGCGACCACAUGUUCCUCCCCGGAGAGCGACAAUUAUAGCUUAUUUGAUCCAAAAAUAAAAAUUGAAUAUGAUUCACUCGACGCCUCUCUAUAUGAUAUGACUAGAACUCUAAGCUCUGAGAGCAGUUGUCCAGAUCUCGCUGAGAGAGAGAUCAUGCCAAGUCAAGAUCUGAUGCAACCUUCGACAAUAAAACGGCGGGGCCGAAGGGCCAACGUGACAAGCGCUGCCAUGAACACUGGAAUCCAACUUCAGGAUCCAGAAGAAUUCCAUUCUCUAAUGACUUCACCUUUAUCUUCACCGCAAAAAUCUGGCAAAUCAAGGGGUCGACGUAUGUCAAACAAACCUGCCAAACCGGGAACAAAAUCAUUCGAGUGUACUUACGCAGGUUGCGGAAGAAUCUUUAAGCGUUCAGAACAUCUUAAGAGACACAUUCGGUCGAUACACACUCUUGAAAGACCCUUCCAUUGUCCUCAUCCGCAUUGUACAAAACGAUUCUCACGUUCGGACAAUCUUUCUCAGCAUGUUAGAGUUCAUCGACCCAACGGAAAGGAGAAGAACUCAAAUGCGAGAAAUUUUAGCAAUUUCACACCCUAUUUGCAAACUUAUCAGACUGGCAAUCUUCACACGACGUUGCAACACUGA